AUGAGCUCCCACACUCAAGAUGAGCCGUCACUUGACACGGACUCGUUCUCCUCCAAGGAUAGUAUCAAGGGAGCCGAGUCUAUUCACCGAUCUCCUAUGGGCCUGAUCAGCCCGUCUGAAACAAACAACCUACACCGUAUCGCCACAACCCAGUCACGACGACGAUCGAGCAUCCACGCAAACACAUAUACAAACAAUGCAUUUGCCGAAAAUGACCCAGCAUUGGACCCCCAGGCUGCAGAGUUCAACCUGGAGCGGUGGCUCAAAGCCGCCAUGGUUGAUGCCGAAGGACGCGGCCUGUCAACACCACAAGGAGGAAUACUCUUCAAAGACUUGAACGUCUCCGGCUCUGGAGCUGCGCUGCAGCUACAGGAUACCGUCGGUUCCAUGCUCUCUGCACCUUUGCGAAUCCCCGAACUACUCCGCCAGAGACGCUCGCCGCCUCGUCGGAUCUUGAACAGCUUCAACGGUGUGAUGAAGACGGGGGAGCUAUUGCUUGUGCUUGGACGGCCGGGUGCGGGCUGCAGUACUCUUCUCAAGACGAUAUGUGGUGAGACGAAUGGGCUGGACAUCGACUCGUCCAGUUCCCUGCAUUACAACGGGGUGUCUCAGAAGCGGAUGAUGAAGGAGUUCAAAGGCGAAGUCGUGUACAACCAAGAGGUUGAUAAACACUUCCCCCAUCUCACUGUCGGACAAACCCUCGAAUUCGCAGCUGCUGCCCGCACACCGCAGCACCGCAUGCGCGACAUGACCCGCGACGAGUUCGCCAAAUACACAACCCAGGUCGUGAUGGCCAUCUUCGGUCUGAGCCAUACAUACAAUACAAAGGUCGGCAACGACUUCGUACGCGGUGUCUCCGGAGGCGAACGCAAACGAGUCAGUAUUGCAGAGAUGGCACUGGCCGCGACACCGUUUGGGGCCUGGGAUAACUCCAGUCGCGGCCUUGACUCGGCUACUGCGUUGAAGUUCGUCGAGGCGCUGCGAUUGCUCGCUGACCUGGCCGGGACUGCGCAUGCUGUUGCUAUCUACCAGGCUAGUCAGAGCAUCUACGAAGUCUUUGACAAGGUGACGAUCUUAUACGAGGGUCGCCAGAUCUUCUUCGGGCCAACUUCAACAGCAAAAGCCUUUUUCGAACGGCAGGGCUGGGAAUGUCCCUCUCGACAGACGACUGGUGACUUCCUUACAUCUGUUACGAAUCCGCAAGAGCGUCGUGCUCGUGAGGAUAUGAAGGGUGUUGUCCCCCAGACGCCUGAAGACUUUGAGCGGUACUGGCUCGAUUCGCCCGAGUAUAAAGAGCUCCUCAAAGAGAUGGAAGACUUCGAGACGGUCCAUCCUCCAGGCAACGAUGACGCAGCAGCGACUGGAUUCCGAGAGGUCAAGGAAAAGACGCAGUCCAAGAACUCGCGGGCAGCCUCUCCAUACCUGCUCAGCGUGCCGAUGCAGAUUAAACUGAACACGAAGCGUGCAUACCAGCGAGUCUGGAACGACAUGUCCUCGACCUUAUCAACAGUCAUUGGAAACAUCAUAAUGGCCCUCAUCAUCGGCUCAGUCUUUUACGACCCCCCAGACACGUCCGCAGGGUUCAUGUCGAGAGGCGCCACGCUCUUCUUCGCGGUGCUGCUGAAUGCCCUAACUGCCAUGUCCGAAAUCACCAGUCUCUACGCCCAACGCCCCAUCGUCGAAAAGCACGCCUCGUAUGCAUUCUACCACCCAGCAACCGAAGCAAUCGCCGGCGUGGUCAGCGAUAUCCCCGUGAAAUUCACCCUCGCCGUCGCGUUCAACGUCAUCCUGUACUUCCUGUCCGGCCUGCGCAGAGAACCAUCCCAGUUCUUCAUCUACUUCCUCAUCACAUUCAUCAUCAUGUUCGUGAUGAGCGCCGUCUUCCGCACAAUGGCCGCUAUAACAAAGUCCGCUGCACAGGCCAUGGGUCUCGCUGGAGUCCUCAUCCUCGCACUCAUCGUCUACACGGGCUACGUCCUCCCCGUCCCCUCAAUGCACCCCUGGUUCGAAUGGAUCCACUACCUGAAUCCGAUCUACUACGCCUUUGAAAUCCUCAUCGCAAACGAAUUCCACGGUCGCGACUUUCCCUGCGCGAGUUUCGUCCCGUCCUACGCGGAUCUGUCUGGCGAUAACUUCAUCUGCUCAGAACUGGGCUCUGUCCCCGGCGCGCAGACUGUCAGUGGUGAUGCCUAUAUCCUCUUCAACUACAGCUACAGCUACAGCCAUGUCUGGCGGAAUUUCGGUAUCCUGAUUGCAUUCCUCGUCGGGUUCAUGGCCAUCUACUUCGUCGCGUCGGAGCUCAACUCCUCGACUACCAGUACCGCCGAAGCACUCGUCUUCCGACGCGGUCAUGAACCGGAGUAUAUGCGUCCCGGAUACGUGAAACCAGCAGCGGACGAAGAAAACACCAUGGAACUGGGCUCCGUCAAGCCAUCUCGGGACGAAUCCAAAGAGGAGCUCCCUCUCCCACCUCAACAAGACAUCUUCACCUGGCGGGAUAUCUGCUACGACAUCGAAAUCAAAGGCGAGCCGCGACGAUUGCUAGACCACGUCUCCGGCUGGGUGAAACCAGGGACCUUGACCGCAUUAAUGGGCGUCAGCGGAGCCGGUAAAACGACCUUACUCGACGUGCUAGCGCACCGGACAACAAUGGGCGUUAUCACAGGCGAUAUGUUCGUGAACGGCAAGGAUCUCGAUGCCAGUUUCCAGCGGAAGACGGGGUACGUGCAGCAGCAGGAUCUGCAUCUGCAGACGGCGACUGUGCGUGAGUCGCUCCGGUUCAGUGCGUUGCUGAGGCAGCCGGCGGAUGUGUCGAUCCAGGAGAAGUAUGACUAUGUGGAGGAUGUGAUUCAGAUGCUGGGGAUGCAGGACUUUGCGGAGGCGAUUGUCGGUGUUCCUGGGGAGGGACUGAAUGUUGAGCAGAGGAAGUUGUUGACGAUUGGGGUGGAAUUGGCUGCGAAGCCGAAGUUGCUGCUGUUCUUGGAUGAACCUACCAGUGGUCUUGAUUCGCAGAGUUCAUGGGCUAUUUGUUCAUUCCUCCGCAAACUGGCAGACAGUGGACAGGCCGUCCUCUGCACGAUCCACCAGCCCAGCGCCAUUCUGUUCCAGGAAUUCGACCAGCUCCUGUUCCUGGCAAAGGGUGGCAAGACGGUCUACUUUGGCCCGAUUGGGAACAACUCGCGAACCCUCCUCGACUACUUCGAGUCCAACGGAGGACGCCAAUGCGCCCAAUCCGAGAACCCAGCGGAGUACAUGAUUGAGGUCGUCAACGCAAAGACCAACGACAAGGGAACCGACUGGUUUGAUGUCUGGAAGCAGAGUCCCGAGUGUCAAGGAGUCCAGGACGAAAUCAACCGCAUCCACGAGGAAAAGAGCGCCGUCCAGCAGGAAGACGACCAGGGCAUGAGCCACGCCGAGUUCGCGAUGCCCUUCUGGUUCCAGGUCUACGUCGUCACGUACCGCGUCUUCCAGCAGUACUGGCGCAUGCCGGAGUAUAUUAUCUCGAAAUGGGGCCUGGCUAUCAUGGCAGGGCUGUUCAUUGGGUUCUCGUUCUACGAUGCGAAGACUUCUCUCGCUGGUAUGCAGACCAUCAUCUUCUCGCUGUUCAUGAUCUGCUCCAUCUUUGCCUCGCUCGUCAACCAGAUAAUGCCCCUCUUCGUAACCCAGCGCUCCCUGUACGAAGUCCGCGAACGGCCCAGCAAAGCCUACUCCUGGAAAGCCUUCCUCAUCGCCAACAUCACCGUCGAAAUCCCCUACCAGGUGAUAAUGGGCAUCCUCACAUACGCCUGCUACUACUAUCCCGUAGUCGGGUCCAGCCAGGCCUCCGACCGGCAAGGCCUCGUCCUGCUCUUUGCCAUCCAAUUCUACAUAUACGCCAGCACAUUCGCCCAGAUGUGCAUCGCCGCACUACCAGACGCCGAGACCGCAAGCCCAAUCGUCAUCCUACUCUUCUCAAUGUGUCUGACCUUCUGCGGCGUCAUGCAAGUCCCCUCCGCCCUCCCCGGGUUCUGGAUCUUCAUGUAUCGCGCGUCCCCGUUCACAUACUGGAUCAGUGGGAUGGCGUCAACGCAGGUCCACGACCGCGAGGUAGUCUGCUCCUCGAACGAACUGUCCGUGUUUAACCCGCCCUCCAACCAAACCUGCCAGGAGUACAUGUCCGAGUAUAUGAGUCUGGCGGGUGGGAAGCUGCAGAACCCCGACGCGACUGCGGACUGUGCGUUCUGCUCGCUGAAUGUUGCGGACGAGUAUCUGGCCGGCAGCGAGAUCUACUGGGGCGACCGGUGGCGCAAUUUCGGGCUCAUCUGGGUCUAUGUUGUGUUUAAUAUUGCGAUGGCUACGUUCUUGUAUUAUAUGUUCCGGGUGAGGAAGUGGGAUUUGGCGAGUUUGAAGAAGAGAUUUGGGAAGAAGUGA